AUGUCAUCAUCAUACAAAUUAAUAUAUUCUGUUAACCGUGGUUUUGCUGAAACAUCACGUAUGUUAUUUAAAGUUGCUGGCCAAGAAUUCGAAGACUAUCGUUAUCCAAUAACAACGAAAGAUGGUAAAAUGGGUAUAGUUGAUUGGGAUACACAUAAAACUAAAUAUACAUAUGAGAAACUUCCUGUACUUGAAAUUGAUGGUGGAAAACAUACAAUUUCACAAUCAAAAGCAAUCGAACGAUUUUUAGCCCGUCGUUUUAAUAUGUUAGGUAGUAAUGAUAUUGAAGCUGCAGUUAUAGAGGCAGCUGGUGAACAAAUUGGUGAUGUCAAACAAGCAUACAACAAAGCUAGAACAGAAGGUGGGGAUGGUGUCAAAAAGUUUUUUGAAGGUGAUUUAAAAAAAACAUUUACAGCAUUUGA